UUGAGAUCUACGAGUUCUUACAUUAGUUACACUUCCUACCCACCACACUGUGCUGAGAUUGAAUAAUGAGUGAAGGAUAUCCCAGAGGAAAACCUAAUGUCACUCAAUGUAUGUAUGAGCAUACACAUCGCAUGUGUGCGUCGGACAAGCAAGGUCUAACACUGUACAAUGGCGUCCAACGUUCAAGUGGAUCCUCUGUUGAAUGCUUUGAACGGAAAAGGUCGUUACCAGAUACUACAGUUUUCCCUCUGCAAAGCAUCUACAAUUUCUGUAGCAGUUGUUAUAUUCAGCUUUGUUUUUGUUGGAAGAAACAUUCCACACGUCUGCAGUAAGCCCAGCAACACGUCGGAAGUCAUCACAGCCAUUGACGAUGACACCUUCACCAUCAAUAACAGCAACAUCUAUUACGACAAGUGUAACAUCAGAAUCGUCGCCAACGUUAGUGGCCACACGGAGACGAAACAGCUGCCAUGUCUCUUUGGUUACAUCUUUUCUGAAAGGAAGGACCUCUCCAUAAUAUCAGACUACUAUAUUCAGAUGGAGCUAGUUUGUGAGAAGGCUCCUCUUCGGGCAUUGGGUAUGUCCCUCUUCUUUCUGGGCCAAGUUAUAGGAGCAGCCACACUGCCAAUAGUAUCCGACCGCCAUGGAAGACGACCAGUUCACCUCAUCUCGCACUUCUGUGUUCUGGUUCUUGGAAUCUGUGCAUCCUUCUCACCUAAUUACACAGUUUUUCUUGUGGUGCGGUUCUUUACUGGAAUAGUGCAUUCGGGCUUAGUUUUGACUGAUGCAACAAUUUCUGUGGAGCUGUUCCCUGCGCAGCACCGGAAGUUGUUCGGCUUUAUCACCAAUCAGUUCCGGGUUUGGGGUUUGGUGGUAUUAGCCGGCCUUGCCUACUCGCUACGGGAUCAGUCUUGGAGAUGGUUACAGCUGGGACUAACUUCCGUCUCCCUUUCCGUAAUUCCCGCAGCAGUUCUUCUUGAUGAGACUCUACGAUGGCUGAUUGUCCACGGUAGGGUGGACGACAUCAGGAAAACCCUAGAGAAGGCAGCGAGAAUGAAUAAAGUUGAUAAAAGACAUGUCAUGGAAGAAUUUGGAAAUAUCCAAGACCAUCACAAGUCACUGUUACCGAGGAGGCUGUCCCUUGAAAUGGAACCUAACAGCCCAACAUCCCAAGGAAAAGAAGAUUCUGAAAACACAGUGAAAGUUACACAUUCUCUGGCUGAUCUGUUGAAAGUCAAACGAUUGGCAAUCAAUACAAUUGUCAUGUGGUUCAUCUGGCUGUCGUCUAGUAUGAUCCUCCUAGGAAUCUACCUGAACUCAGAAUCAUUAGCUGCAGGCAGAUAUAUCAACUUCUUUGUGAUCGCCAUCAUCCCCUGUCCGUCUGGUGUCAUUUUCUAUUUCAUGGUUGACAGAUAUGGACGGAAGACGACGCUCCGGGCGCUGUACGUAAUAACAACUGGGGGGCUGGCAGUAGCUACAGCUGUCAGAAUCUUCUCGGUGAGUGAUGGAAAUGCAGCAAUUGCCUCGACCAUCUUCUCCUGUUUUGGAGCCAUGGGAAUAACGGAAAUUACGUCAACGUUGUUCUUUUACACUCCAGAAAUGUUUCCAACCACGAUGAGAAACGUUGGCCUGGGAUCAUCAGCUGCUAUUGGCAGAGUUGGAGGCAUAGUGAUUCCGUUUAUAAUACUGAUGGCAGAUGAUAUCACCUGGGCGCCGGGUGUCAUAUUAACUGCAAUGGCUGUCAUCACCUUGGUUCUUAUUCAAGUGUUGCCGGAGACCAAAGGAAGAGAACUUCCACAGACUCUGGAAGACCUGAAAGGCUGGUACAGAGAGUCGUCAUGACAUGGACACACAGUCUGUUUUCAAUCCAUGCCUGUGUACUGAUGUUCCGUUACUCAUUGUAUAUUGUACUGACAUAUAAAAAGUGUUAUGAAUUAGGAGAGGACCAAUUUAUUGAUAAAUAUAUUCAUUUGCGUUUGUAUAUUUUGACUUGACCUGGUAUUGGUUUUGAAUUUCUCUUUCAUUUUUCACCAACACCAAUAUUAUGAUAUGACUAUACCUGUUCCGCGUCUUUUAUUUAACGUCCUUGUAACUUGUACGGCGUCAUUAGAGAAUGUCAUGUAUGGGCCAGAUUAUCGAUAAAUAAUAAACAAUAGAAGAGGUCAUUACUUUUCUGUUGAUCGUUAAUGACUUGAGGAUAUGUUGGCAAACUUCAUACAGAACGCUGACCUUGGACACAUCAUAUAAAAAGUGUUAUAAAUGUAGAAAGGACCAUUAUAUCAAUCAAAAUAUUCAUGUGCGUUUGUACAUUUUGACUUGACCUGGUGUUGGUUUUGAAUUUCUCUUUCAUUUUUUACCAACACCAACAUAAUGAUAUGACUUGCUGCCCUUUCUCUGCGCACCCAGAGAUACAUUUUGAGAUGAAAUGUUUGUUAUGUCACACACAAAGCGUAUACCUGUUCCACGUCUUUUAUUUAACGUCCUUGUAACUUGCACCACGUCAUUAGAGAAUGUAUACAGAUAGAUAUGUUUCUGUGGGUUUUGCACAAUACAUGCAGAACGAUCUCGUAUCCUCACUGGAACUAGAUAUAUAGAUCAAAAUAAUCUCAGAUCUACGUUUUAAAACAAUAAGUCAGUUGUUGGAAAGGGUAAAAUGUAACAUAUCAAUUUUAUCAGUUCCAAACGCCCCUUUCCCUUGAUUAUCCAGUGUAUUAUAUUUAGUGUGAUAAUUAAGCCCAGGCUUAUUUUGGAACCACAUUAAUCCGCGCUGCACGUUGGUCUGUGGUAUCGUCUUGUGGCUUUUCUUACAAUACUUUAUUUCAAGUGUUGUUUGUUUACUGUCUUGAAAGAUUAUUAAUAGAACGGACACAGUACAACUAUUUCUUAUCGAUUUUAACUAAGAAAGUAAGACAAAUUUUAUUUGCGAAAUACACACAUAUGGCGCACAAUGACAACUGUAAACGAAGGGCAUUUGUCUUUUCAGCAUAAUUUGCAUUGUCUAUGAUCAUGUAAAGAUGAACAUUCAUAUUUUUCAUGAGCCUAUUCCAAUGCUUGUGUUGUAAUUGUAAUUACAUACUUAUGUAUUCAUAAAUGUACAUGUCAUGUAUGGGCCAGAUUAUCGAUAAAUACUAAAUAAUAGAAGAGGUCAACUUUUCUGUUGAUCGUUAAUGACUUGAGGAUAUGUUGGCAAACUUCAUAUAGAACGCUGACCUUGGACACAUCAGUCCAUAAUAAUUAUGUAUACACA